AUGGACGUUAUUAACGGAGUAAACUUAACCCAGCCAAGCUUUGUUGUUGCUGGUUGGCAGAGAGUGUACCAGUUGUUUGGUGAGCAAGAGUUCUUGCUAUUCACCGUCGGAACUGGGUUAGUUAUUAAUAUUACUUAUUGGACAUUUGGUUUGUUGCUGCUAUUUAUGGAUUUAACGACAAAACCAAAAUUUCUUUGGAAAUAUAAAAUCCAGCAAGACAAAAAUGCUCCUUUGGACCCAGCACGGCUUCCUGGGCUAUUCAAGACUACAAUUUUCAAUAUGGUAGCAUUGUUCCCGGUUAUCUCUAUGAUUCUAUAUACUGGCGGUCAAUUCCGUGGGAGCAGCUGCUCUGUUGAAGAUUUACCAUCCCUUCCCAGAUUCCUGCUUGAUUUUGUAGCUGCAGUCCUUGGGGAGGAAGUCUUCUUUUAUUACUCACAUCGGUUGUUCCAUAAUCCGUAUUUCUACAAAAGAUUCCACAAAAAACAUCAUGAAUGGACAGCACCUAUUGGUUUAGUUGCAAUCUAUGCACAUCCAGUGGAACACCUACUCAGUAAUACAUUACCUCUUUUUGCUGGACCUUUCAUCAUGGGAUCCCAUCUGUUGUCCGUAUGGGUAUGGGUGAUUGUUGCUCUGAUAACGACCACGAUAACUCACUCUGGAUACCACUUUCCAUUCAUGGCUUCUCCCCAAUUCCAUGAUUUCCACCAUGCGAAGUUCAACUACUGUUUUGGCGUACUUGGAAUAUGUGAUUAUAUCCAUGGAACGGAUUCAUUGUUUCGUAAGAGCAAAGCGUCAGAACGAAAUAUGACAUUCUUUAGUUUGAAACCGAUCCAUGAAAGAAUUCCUGAUGAUAAUGCUUUAAAAAAAGACUGA